AAUCUUUGGGAACCGACGUCUUUCAGUCCCCGUUGCACCCGGACGGAUUAAAACAACGUACCAUGGAUGCUAGGGAGGAAAACAACGUGAAGGCCGUCAGGAGAAGUAAAGAAGAGAAAAAACUUCUCAGAAAACAAAUUAAAGCCAGUCACACAUUACUGAAGCAUGAAGGCAUCCAUACGGCCCCGCAGCCUACCAGGAGUCUGGUGGUGGCUAAUGGUGGCCUGGGGAACAGCGUUAGUCGAGAGGAGCUCUCGGCAGCGCUGAAAGAGAUGGGAGAAAUGGAGAGCCUGCUUAUGCCUCCCCAUAAGCCCUAUGCUUUUGUCACAUACAGGUGUGAAGAGAGUGCUCUAAAAGCAUACACCCACCUUAAUGGACAGAAGCUGCAGUGCGGAGAGAGCAGCGUCAUGCUCUACCUCGCUUAUGUCAGCUCAGUGACCCAUGAGGAGGAAGCAUCCGUCCCAUUGCCAGAGGGUUUAGUUUUGCUGGAGGAUUUUGUGUCCCCAGAAGAAGAAGCUCUGCUGCUUGCUGCUGUCGACUGGUCAUCCACUAAUGAUGAUGUUACAGCUCAAAAAGCUCUGAAGCACAGACGAGUGAAACAUUAUGGCUUUGAAUUUCGCUACGACAACAACAAUGUGGAUAAGGACAAGCCAUUACCUGCAGGUAUCCCUGCGGAGUGUUUACCUGUUCUGGAGCGUUGUUUAAGAAAUGGACACAUCAACGUGAUGCCAGACCAGCUGACUGUAAAUCAGUAUGAAUCUGGACAGGGUAUUCCUCCUCAUGUGGACACUCACUCUCCCUUUGAGGACACCAUCCUGUCUCUGAGCCUGGGGGCAAAGACGGUGAUGGAGUUCCGACAUCCUGAUGGUCGUGUUGUUGCUGUGGUGCUGCCUGGACGGAGCCUGCUGGUCAUGAAGGGCGAGAGCAGAUAUGUCUGGACUCAUGGGAUUACUCCUCGCAAGUUUGACAUGGUGCCGGCCUGUGAGCAGCAAUCCCCCGAUCAUGUGACGCCUGAACCUGGAACACGUAGCAAUCUGACUCUGAGCAAGAGGGGCACACGCACUUCUUUCACUUUCCGCAAGAUCAGACUUGAACCCUGCCGCUGUGCCUUCACCUCUGCCUGUGACAGUCAGGGAGCUUCUUCAACACCCUCGCCCUCUACGCCCCCCCCUCCCGCGCUUCCAUGUUGCCAUGCCGAUGCAGCCCGUCUGGAGGAGGAGUAUGUGCACCGGGUGUACGACGCUAUUGCCUCCCACUUCAGCAGCACCCGCCACUCCCCCUGGCCUCGCGUUUGCCACUUCCUGUCCUCGCUCCCACCGGGUAGCGUGCUAGCUGACGUGGGCUGUGGAAAUGGGAAAUACCUGGGCGUAAACCCAGAGAUGAUUGCAGUGGGAUGUGAUCGUAGCAGUGCUCUCGUCCAAAUUUGUGCAGAGAGGGGUUUCCACGCAUUUGUAUCUGAUGCUCUGAAUGUUCCUCUGCGAACAGCCUCCUGUGACGCUUGCAUCUCUAUAGCUGUCAUACACCAUUUCUCCACAGAGGAGCGGCGGCUAGCAGCUGUGAGAGAGUUGGUGAGACUUCUAAAGCCUGGAGGUCAUGCACUCAUCUAUGUUUGGGCUUUUGAACAAGAGUACAACAAGCAGAGGUCCAAGUACCUCAAAGACCACAACAAAGAGCAUCAUGGGAAGGAAAACCUUACUAAAAACACAUCCGAAGACAGACGGGAGCCUCACGGGAAAUCGGCUAUGCAGAAUAGUGGACAUUUGGAAGAAGGCUACGAGCCUGUUGACAAAAAGCAAGAUGUUGGCAAAGUGACUGAUGGCAAGCUUAGUGUGCACACAAACCGCACAGCCUUUAACACCCAGGACCUUUUAGUUCCCUGGCAUCUGAAAGAGGGGAAAAAACAAGGGGAGGAAGAGUCAGGAGAUGGUGGGAAAAGGAAUAAAAGAAAGGAGAAGUCUACAAAGGUUUUAACUAACCAAACCAGAAUUGACAGUAACCCUGGUCUCAGUCCAGGUUUUGAUGCAAGUAUGUCUCCUGGAUUAAGACUCGACACUGAUGACGCCACUCACAGCCCAGACUCUAAGCCCAGUCCGAGUGGCACCACUCAGACCUCGAGUUCUCAUCUGAAAUCAGAGUCUGAGAGCCAUCUAACCCCCGUCUUUCACCGCUAUUAUCACGUGUUCCACCAGGGGGAGCUGGAACAGCUGUGCAGCCAGGUGGAUGGAGUCAAGGUACAGAGCAGCUACCAUGACCAGGGUAACUGGUGUGUUAUAUUAGAGAAGGACUGACACACAUGUCAGUAAAAUCAUUUUUAUGCAACUAGAGAUCUGCAUAAAUAAAGAAUUUUAACUUAAAAUUAAAGGAUCCAAUUUUUGCCUUCUACAUAUAUAUAUGAUUUUUAACUGUGUUGGAAUAAAUUUAAAAAAAUCUCUG